UUUCAAAUAGUCACAAGCUACCGUGACCAUCCGCUACGCGACCAAUAUGUCCCAAGCUCAUCCGAACAAGCUCUUCCCUCGGCUAGGACGAAUACCGGAAACUGAGAUUGAAGACCGAAACUUGAUGUUCGCACCCAUGCCAUGCAUGUCAACAAAGCGAUCUUUAUUUGGUACAUGCUUUAUGACAAACUCGUCAGAAGUCCUCCCGAGACCCAGCGACGUGCCUAACCAUUCGACAUGCAAGCAAUUUCGAGGAACUCCGUUUAUGGCCUUAUGGUCUGCCGAAUCCAUACCAUGCUUCUUCUUAUCAUGUGUCGAACAUCGGGUUCCCCAAUCUGAAUUUGAAGGGGAGUCAAAAUCCAAGUUUACAACAGGCAUUCUAUAUCGCGUUCCAUCACCCCCUUUCAUAAGGUUCAUGUCCAAGUUUUGCAAAUUCGGUUCUCAAUUAUUUCCAUUUCGAGAUCGUCCGAUACGACAUGUGGAAUGGAUAGGAUCACGCCCUAUAAAAGCGUGAAUACUUUUCUCUCCUCCAGUAGCCUCCAGUACACUCGUACGAUGAUGAUUUUCGCUCGUUCAUUCACCCUACUACUAUCCUUCACAUGUCUUGCUACAGCUUUAGCUGGCUCUGUUCAGAGCCCAUCAUUGGUCUUGCCGCCCACUGCCCCAAUACACCGCGAAGCCGUCAAGGAAAUCUUUACCCGCAGUUAUGAGGCGUACAGAAAGUUUGCUUUUGGACAUGAUGACCUCAAUCCUGUGAGUGGGGGAUUCAAUGAUGGACGCAACGGUUGGGGAGCAACCAUCGUCGACGGGAUGCCUACAAUGCUUGUCAUGGGACUCGACGAUUUUUUCAAUGAAGCCGUGGAUUUCGUGAAUAAGAUCGAUUUCAGCAUGUCGCAAACACCUGACACUGUUAGCGUAUUUGAAACCACCAUUCGUUACCUUGGAGGAUUACUCAGUGCCUAUGAACUCAGUGAACAGAAGCACCCUGUUCUUGUUGAAAAGGCCAAACAGGUUGCAGACAAGAUGGCCUUCGCUUGGGUAAAACCGGACCAGAAAAUCCCGUUUGGCCACAUAGAUUUUUCAACGAAUCUGCCAACCAUUUCUUCGAGCAAUAUCGCCGAGGCUGGAACGCUUGACCUUGAGUGGUCCACACUAUCCAAAUACACCCGCAACGACACGUAUAGGCGAUUAACCGAAGAUGCUGUCCGAACUAUUGCUGCAAUUCCUGCUCCGCUUCCAGGCCUUGCCGCUCAGGGUAUCGACCCUAGCACCAACAAGUUUGUUGGCCGUUACGUAACUUGGGGAGGAGGCUCUGACAGCUACUUUGAAUAUCUGAUCAAAUACGCACGUCUUACCAACGACAACGACAACUUGUUUGCAGAUACCUGGGCCACUGCCGUCGAUUCGUCCAUCAAGAAUCUCCUAAGGACUUCCACGGUUGGCGAGCACCGAUACCUAGCUGACCAGGACGAUAACCGCAACAUUAUCGGCGUCGGUUCUCAUCUAGCAUGCUUUCACGGCGGGAAUUGGAUUUACGGUGGAAGGCUGCUUAACAAUGAGACUAUCGUCAAGAUUGGACUGGAGUUAACGGACGCAUGUUGGAAUACAUACGCCGGCACCAAUACUGGUAUUGGACCAGAAGUCUUCCGAUACAUCACUACCAACGCGACCGAUUCCUCGAACAAAGCAAUCCUUACCCGCGAACAACAGAUAUUCUAUCAAGAACACGGUUACUACAUUACAGGCGCCGAUUACAUUCUCCGACCCGAAGUAUUAGAAUCCAACUUCUACGCCUGGCGUGCUACCGGUGAUACCAAGUAUCUCGAUCGUGCAGCUAGUGCCAUCGAUAGUUUCAACAAGUACCUUCCUGCUCCGAAGACUGGCGGAUAUGCUGGUUUGAAUGAUGUCGACGACCCCUCGCAAGGCUUGAUUGAUGAUACAGAAAGUUUCUGGUUUGCUGAAGUGCUGAAAUACCUGUACCUCACUUUCGAUGAUCCGAAACAUAUCAGCCUAGAUGAUUUCGUAUUCAACACGGAAGCCCAGUUAUUCAAAGCGCCUAAAGCCAAACCUGUCUACGGAAGUGGGCGCUUUAUAGAAAACGCUGAAUAUUUCGGUGCUACUUCAGUCUCCGACGCUCCUUUACCCGAGAUCAGUCCCAACAAGUUCUUACCUAAACCGAUCAGCGACCUUUUGCACGGAACUUUGGGGCUCUGAGUUGCAGCCUGAGACUAUAAGUCCUACGAGUCCUAAAUUAUGUAUAAUGAUAUUGGUUCCUCAGUAUCUCACUAUUUGUGAGGCGGGAGAAAUAACACGUGAUUACAUCAGGGUAUCUAGCGCACGAAUGAAGUACCAAAACUAUUCAAAGUCCCAUUUCCAAAGUCCAGAAUAGAAAUCCCUCCACCGAAAUUACUGCUUGCAAUACC